AUGAAGUUCUUCUAUACCCUCCUUCUCAGCCUCACCCUCGCAUCCAAGGUGUUAUCCCAGGCCUACACCGAGGGAGAUUAUAUCCUCGCGCUACGCACACUAUUAGCCGAGUACGAGGAACUCCUGGAAGCAAGGGAGGCAGAGCUAUACGACGUUCGGGGUCUGGAAUACAGCAACCUAUUCGAAACCCGCGACUUGGAUCUCAGCGACUACUCGGACGCACUUUUCAAAAGGGGUCAAACGAACCGUGGUGGACCAGCGGCCAAUGGCGGCAAGGAAUCUUCCCCCGAGCCCAACCCCGAAGAAGUGGCCCAGAAGAUUGACUUUCCAACCGGGCUCAUGACCGACAGCCCCGUACAAUGCAGGGCCGUGGGCCCCAAAUGCAACAGUAUCCAGUGCUCGAAGCAUUGCAGACCGAGCGGGCGACUCCCACCUGAGCGCCCUUGUACGUUUGAUACGAAUAUCAAGGAUCGGGCGCGAAACUGCCAGACAGCUUGCGAGUGCGAGCAGAAGCGAUGGGUGUAG